CCCUAUACCGGUCGGGGUGCCCUAUAUCAGGUGGGGGGUUCCCUAUAUCAAUCAGGAUGCCCCUAUACCAGUCGGGGUGCCCUGUAUCGGGGGGGGGUUCCCUAUAUCAAUCAGGAUGCCCUAUAUCAAUCAGGAUGCCCCUAUACCAGUCGGGGUGCCCUAUAUCAGGCGGGGGGUGCCUUAUAUCAAUCAGGAUGCCCUAUAUCAAUUAGGGGCAGCCCCCCAGGCCCCUGGGCCGCCCCGUAUAGCCUCCGCCCCCCCCCCCCCCCCCCUUUGGCAGGGCUGUAUAUGGACCGGCGCUGCGUGUACUACCGCAAGCCGCUGCUGGAGUCGGGCACGCUGGGCACCAAGGGCAACGUGCAGGUGGUGGUCCCGUUCCUCAGCGAGUCCUACAGCUCCAGCCAGGACCCCCCCGAGAAGGCCAUCCCCAUCUGCACCCUCAAGAACUUCCCCAACGCCAUCGAGCACACCCUGCAGUGGGCACGGGACGAGUUCGAGGGGCUCUUCAAGCAGCCGGCCGAGAACGUCAACCAGUACCUGACGGACCCCCGCUUCGUGGAGCGCACGCUGCGGCUGGCGGGCACGCAGCCGCUGGAGGUGCUGGAGGCGCUGCAGCGCAGCCUGCGGGGGGAGCGGCCCCGCGCCUGGCCCGACUGCGUCGCCUGGGCCUGCCGCCACUGGCACCGGCAGUACAGCAACAACAUCCGGCAGCUGCUGCACAACUUCCCCCCGGGGCAGAAGACCAACUCGGGGACCCUCUUCUGGUCGGGGCCCAAGCGCUGCCCCCACCCCCUCGUCUUCGACCCCGACAACCCCCUGCACCUGGACUACGUGAUGGCGGCCGCCAACCUCUUCGCCCAGAGCUACGGCAUCGGGGGCUCGCGGGACCGGGCGGCGGUGGCCGAGCUCCUGCGCCACGUCCGCGUCCCCCCCUUCGCCCCCAAGGCCGGGGUGCGCAUCCACGUCUCCGACCAGGAGCUGCAGAGCGCCGCCGCCGCCCUGGACGACGGGCGGCUGGAGGAGCUCAAGGCCUCGCUGCCCAGCCCCGAGGAGCUGCCCGGCUUCCGCAUGUACCCCAUCGACUUCGAGAAGGACGACGACACCAACUUCCACAUGGAUUUCAUCGUCGCCGCCUCCAACCUGCGGGCCGAGAACUACGACAUCCCGCCGGCCGACCGGCACAAGAGCAAGCUGAUCGCGGGGAAAAUCAUCCCGGCCAUCGCGACGACGACGGCGGCGGUGGUGGGGCUGGGCUGCCUCGAGCUCUACAAGCUGGUGCAGGGCCACCGGCGCCUGGCCUCCUACAAGAACGCCUUCCUCAACCUGGCCCUGCCCUUCGUCGGCUUCUCCGAGCCCCUCGCCUGUCCCCGCAACAAGUACUACGAGGUGGAGUGGACGCUGUGGGACCGGUUCGAGGUGCAGGGGCUGCAGCCUGACGGGCAGGAGAUGACGCUGCGCCAGUUCCUCGCCUACUUCAAGAAGGAGCACCGGCUGGAGAUCACGAUGCUGUCCCAGGGCGUCUCCAUGCUCUACUCCUUCUUCAUGCCGGCUGCCAAGCUGCGCGAGCGCCACGACCAGCCGAUGACGGAGAUCGUGGCGCGGGUGUCCAAGAAGAAGGUCGGCCGCCACGUCAAGGCGCUCGUCUUCGAGCUCUGCUGCAACGACGACACCGACGCCGACAUCGAGGUGCCCUACGUGCGCUACACCAUCCGCUAGCCCCGCCCCCCCGGGGGGGCGGGCCCCCGCCCGGACACGCCCCCUGCUCCCCCUGGCCCCGCCCCCACCCGCCGAGCCCCGCCCCUUUCCCCCCUCUCUCCACCGCGCCCCCCCCCCCACACCUUUAGUUGUUGUUGUGUCUCGGCCCCGCCCCCGGCUGUGGAGGGGGCGGGGCCUGGGGGCGGGGCUUUGGGGGGGCCCCGCCCAAUAAAUAUAGACGUUGGCAGAA